AUGGCAAAACUACAGGGCCUGCUCUCCGCUUACGCUUCCACCGUCUCACCAAUCAUUCUGAUUGGGGGUUUGCUGGUCGUAUGGAUCGUCUAUAACGUGGUUAUCGUCCUUCGAGAUCCACUGAGGUCGGUGCCAGGACCCUUUUGGGCUAGGUUCACACGGCUGUGGUAUUUGAGAGAAGUGGCUGGCGGCCAUUUUGAGAAGACGAACAUUGCCCUCCACAAGAAAUAUGGCUCGAUCGUGCGCAUUGCCCCGAACUACUAUUCCAUUGACGACGCAGACGCCAUCAAGACCAUCUAUGGCCAUGGCUCAAACUUCGUCAAGGGCAAAUGGUACAUCGCUUCCAACAACCCGAAGAACAAGCAUCCGGAUCUCUUCACCGACCUCAACCCCGAGACCCAUGCUGUCAAUCGACGGAACGUCGCCUCGUUAUAUUCCAUGACAAGUUUGGUCGCCAUGGAGCCAAAUGCUGUAGCGUGUGCAGACAUCCUUGUUCAGAAACUUACUGAAUUUGCAAAUUCCCAUGUCCCUAUCAAUCUGCAAGUCUGGCUGCAAUACUAUGCUUUUGAUACCAUAGCACUCAUCACACUCAGCAAAAGAUUCGGCUUCCUUGACACUGGCAAAGACAAUGGCAGCAUGAUCGCCGCCCUGCACUCGUACCUCCUUUACCUCUCCAAAGUAGGCGUGUACCAUGAAUGGCACUACUUCCUCAACUGGAUCUUGUCUCUCUUGCCCAAUGGCGGGAUGCACUAUAUGGGCUCGUUCAUGCGACAACAAGUCCUUGAAGGCCAGAGGCAGAAAUCCAAGAGCGUUCUUGAGAAGGACGAAUCCAAGCCAACGGACGAUUUUUUGACGAAGCUGUUGAGAAUGCACGCUUUGCAGCCAGAUAGGUUCCCGAUGGAAUCGGUGUUUUCGACGUGCGGAACAAAUAUUGGUGCCGGAUCGGAUACCACGUCAGUCAGCCUGGCGGGCAUUUUGUACCAUUUGAUGAAGGCACCUGCCACGUUGGAGAAGCUGCGACACGAACUCGACCAGGCGAUCGAAGAACGCGGAUCAAGCGACAUUCUCUCCUUUCAAGAAGCACAGAAACUGCCCUAUCUUCAAGCCGUCAUCAAAGAGGGGCUACGUUGUCAUCCAGCAACUGGUCUGCCCAUGGUUCGCGUCGUUCCAAAGGGCGGCGCCAAGAUCGUUGGGAGAUAUUUCCCAGAGAAGACUGAGGUCGGUGUGAACAGCUGGGUCAUGCACGCCAACAAGAAGAUCUUUGGACCGGACGCCGAGGAAUUCAGACCCGAGCGGUGGCUCGAGUCUCCCGAGAGAGCUGCCGAAAUGAAUCGAUAUAUCCUCACGUUCGGAGCCGGUUCCCGCACCUGCAUCGGCAAGAACAUCAGUCUUCUCGAAAUCUCCAUUUUAAUCCCCGAGUUAGUAAGGAAGUUCGACUUCACUCUUGUUGAUCCGAACAGGCCGCUGGAGAUGGAGAAUGUCUGGUUCGUCAAGCAGAAGAAUUUGGACUGUUAUGUGAGUUUGAGGAAGGGAAACUGA